CGCACCACAAGCAGAUCCCUCCUAUUUGCCAUUCCCAUUCAAUCAAAAUGCCAUUCUGGAAGCUCCCCACUUUCCUCCUCCUCCUCCUCUUCUCAUUCUCAACCUGUUCAUACUGCAUCACAUUCACCAUCACCAACAACUGCACCACCACCAUAUGGCCCGCCACGCUGUCCGGGUCGGGGUCGGCGGAACUUUCGCCGACAGGGUUCCGGCUGGAGGCGGGGCGAAGUGUGCAGCUGACGAGCGGGCCAAAAUGGUCGGGGAGGAUAUGGGGAAGGACUGGUUGUAAGUUUGAUGGGAAUGGAAACGGAAAGUGUCAAACGGGUGAUUGCGGGGGGAAGCUGGAAUGUGAAGGGAAUGGAGCAGCUCCUCCUGUGUCGUUGUUCGAGAUCACACUCGGCGGUGGCUCCGACCAAGACUUCUACGAUGUCAGCCUCGUCGAUGGCUACAAUCUCCCAAUGCUGGCCGUCCCAGCAGGGGUGUAUGGUGCCUCUGCGUGUAAUUCCACCGGUUGUAUUUCUAAUCUCAACAGAGGUUGCCCCGGGGAACUUCAAGUGACCAGUGGGAAUGGGAACCAAGGAAGUGGGGGCGUGGUUGGCUGCAGGAGCGCUUGCGAGGCAUUUGGAUCGGACCAGUACUGCUGCAGCGGACAAUAUGCCAACCCAACCACGUGCCAUCCCUCCUAUUACUCCACCAUUUUCAAGAAGGCGUGUCCCAGGGCUUACAGCUAUGCUUACGAUGAUACCACCAGCACUUUCACUUGCAAAGCCAACGGAUAUCACAUCUUUUUCUGCCCCUCCGCCGCCAGGUACUUUCUCCCUCUAUACUUUCCCAUGAACAUGCAAUACCUUUUAAGCCCCCAUGCUGACAUGUGGCAUCACGAUUCAGGAUUAGAAAAUCAACUAAUAAACGCAACGGGAAGGCUCAGCAAGUCGGUUCCUCAAAUGCUCUCUUCCCCUAUUCAAGGCCAAUCUCCCUCUCUGUUGCUGCUCUUACCUUCUGGGCUUCUGGAGCAACAUGGUCUUUAAUAUGAAUGAAACAAUGUCCUCGCGGAUUCCUCCCAGCUGAGUAUCAUCCUGAGAGAAUUGCACGAGCAUUCCGAGUUAUAAAUUACUCUUCCAUUUCUUCAGUAGACUGCCAACUGUAUAAAAGCACAUAGCCGCAACCCUAUCCUAAGCACUCUCAAGUGUAGUUGUAAUGCAGGAAGAAAUUCUUUUAAAGUCGUCAUUUCUAACGUGACCUGGAAUGUGAGG